CUAUAAUCACCAUGGUGAUGGCGGUGGAUGAAGAACACACCCAGAAGCCGCACGUGGCGAUGCUAUCAAGUCCGGGCGUGGGUCACGUGACCCCUCUUCUCGAGCUAGCCAAACGGCUGGUCGUCGACCUCGGCUUCCAGGUCAGCUUCCUUGCAAUCACCACCGAUGCACCACCCGCGCAGCUUCAGCUGCUCAACAACAACCCCACCCUGCCUUCCGAUCUCCACGUCAUCCACCUCCCUCAUGUUGAUGUGUCAAGCAACAACGUCAUAGCAAUUCGGAUCGUUCAAAUUGUCCGAGAGAGCCUUCGUUCACUGCCCUCGGUGCUAACCAACUUACACUCACAUAAACCGCCGCUAAAAGCUCUGAUCGUCGAUCCGUUUUGCAUCGAAGCCCUCGAAACCGCCGCCGACCACUCUAUCCCAACAUAUCUUUUCUUGACCGCCUCCGCUUCAUUUCUGGCGUUGACCAUCUACUUCCCUACGCUUCAUGCAGAUGUCAAGGGAGACUAUGGUAAAAUCAAAGAGAGUGUUUUUCUUCCAGGUUGCAUGCCCUUGUGGACUGACGAUCUUCUCCCUGAUGUUCUGGUACCAGAAGUCUUGCCUCUAUGCAACCGGAUCCCACUCGUCAAGGGCAUUUUCGUAAACACAUGGGAAGAAAUCGAGCCGGUAACGCUGAGCGCAUUUAGAAACCACCCUUUCUUUGUCAAUCUGCCGACGCCGACGAUUCAUCCCAUCGGACCCCUAACCAAAGACAAAGACGCUGACGUAGAAUCGGAGCUGCUCAAGUGGCUGGACAAGCAGCCGUGUGACUCGGUUGUUUACGUGUCAUUCGGCAGCGGAGGGACGCUGUCGGCGGAGCAGAUGACGGAGUUGGCUCAUGGGUUGGAGCUGAGUGGAAAACGAUUCCUCUGGGUGGCAAGACCUCCCAGAGCCGAUGAUGCUUCGGGAAGCUUCUUCGAAGCUGGUGUUGAUGGUGCCCUUACGGAGUUGUAUCUGCCGGAUGGGUUUUCGGAGAGGACACGAGGGUCAGGGCUGGUGACGGCGACGUGGGCUCCGCAAGUGGCGGUGUUGAGCCACCCCUCGGUGUGUGGGUUUGUGACGCACUGCGGGUGGAACUCGGUGAUGGAGAGCUUGGUGCACGGGGUGGUGAUGGUGGCUUGGCCGCUUUAUGCAGAGCAGAAAAUGAAUGCGAGGGCAUUGGUGGAGAUGGGAGUGGCGGUGAGGCCCGAGGCGGGAGGGGAUGGAGUUGUGGGAAGGGGGGAGGUGGAAAGGGUGGUGAGGAUGGUGGUGGAAGGCGAAGAAGGGAAGAAGAUGAGGCGGAGUGUGAGGGAGAUGCAGCGGAGUGCAGUGGAGGCUUUAGGUGGCGGUGGGUCGUCUAGUGGGUGUCUAAGUCGCUUGGGGAAGGAGUGGAGGAAUGGAAGUACAAGUUGA